AUGUACGCGUUACUAGCUGAUGAAGCAACAUAUGCCAGUCACAAUAAACAACUGUCUAUUUGUCUUUGUUUAAUUGAUGAUCAGUAUCAAAUUGAAGAAUUUUUCAUGGGAUUUAUUCGUCUUCAUCGAUUUGAUGUUGCUACACUAGCAAAAAAAGUAAGCAAUUUUUUGAUGAAGCACAAUAUUAAUUUAUCAAUGUAUAUUGCUGAAUGCUAUGACGGAGCUUCAGUGAUGUUAAGACAACAUAAUGGAGUACAUGUAAUCUUACAGUAG